CGCUCACUCUCAGCUCCGCUCGUCCUAAUUGCAGGUACACUGUUGAAGUUCCAGUUAGAGGUGCAGAUGGAGAAGACAGACACCGCCUAGGAGUAUCCGAGAUCAUUGCCUUGUAUUUGUGCCUCCCAUCAGUUAAUUAUGUUCCACCAGCUGACGGAUCAGACAGUGAACGGUAGCUGCCAGGGAGCCGCCUCAGCCUGCAACAAGAGCGCUGAUGGAGACGCGCUCCAGCUGCCCACUUUCUCCACAGCGGCGAAAGUCAGAGUCAUCAUCACCUUCAGUCUGUGCGCGGUUUCAGCUGUGUGCAACUUGGUUGUGCUGUAUGCUGCCGGCAACGGCGGCAAGCGCAAGUCGCACGUUAGGAUCCUCAUAAUGAACCUGACCGUGGCGGACCUGCUGGUGACUUUCAUCGUGAUGCCCGUGGACGCGGUGUGGAACAUCACGGUGCAGUGGCAGGCGGGAGAUGUCGCCUGCAGGCUGCUGAUGUUCAUGAAACUGGUGGCGAUGUACUCCUGCGCUUUUGUAACUGUGGUCAUUAGCUUGGAUAGACAGUCUGCCAUUCUCAAUCCUCUGGGCAUCAGUGAGGCCAAAAGGAAAAGCAAGAUCAUGUUGACUGUGGCCUGGACGAUGAGUGUAAUCCUCUCGCUCCCUCAGAUGUUUAUAUUUCACAACGUGACCAUCACAGUCCCGGAGAACUUCACCCAGUGCACCACCCACGGCAGUUUUGUCCAGCACUGGCAGGAGACCCUCUACAACAUGUUCACCUUUGUGUGCCUCUUCCUCCUGCCUUUGGUUAUCAUGAUCUUCUGCUACACACGAAUUCUCAUUGAGAUAUCCAGCCGCAUGGCCCAGGGUAACUUGCGGUCUAGAGAUAUUCAUCUCCGCCGCUCCCACAACAACAUCCCAAAAGCUCGGAUGAGGACUCUUAAGAUGAGUAUCGUCAUCGUGACGUCAUUCAUCGUCUGCUGGACCCCGUACUACCUGCUAGGCUUGUGGUAUUGGUUAUAUCCUGAAGAAAUGGAGGAAACAGUCUCUCAUUCAAUGACACAUAUGCUGUUUAUCUUUGGCCUCUUCAACGCCUGUCUGGACCCCAUCACUUAUGGUCUGUUCACCGUUCGUCUUCACCAGGGUCUUAAGAGAUGCUGUAAGACAUCGAACACACGGCCUGAAUUAGAAAACAAUACUUGCCUUGUACACAUGACUCACCUUUCAACUCGUAAGCAGAUUGCGUCAAGUGUCAACAAUACAGACGUAGAGGAGGGAAAUGAAAACAAUAGCACAAAGAGUGGUUCUAGACCAAUCCUGCCAGUGAGCAAGAUGUAAUGGUUUAAAGAAUUUCAAUGGAAAGAAUCUCUGCUCUUAAUAAGUGUUGAGCUUAGUCGUUCUCCAGAGAUGACAGCUAUAGUUCGAUGAUCAAAAAAAUCAAUGUUUUGUCAGACGAAUCUUUUCAUUUUUGUUUCACUGAUGUAAUCGAUGGUGUAUUGUAGCUCUGCCCUGGUUUGUUCAUCCCGCAUCUUGGACGUCACUGAUCAGAUUCUGACAAAACGCUGCAGAGCGAUGCAUGCAGCAUUCACAAUAAUCACCAUGAUAGGCUGAGGGUGAUCCUGUACAUCACACAGAAUGUCUCGCACGCUGCUGAUCCGAUUUCCAUGAAGCUUAAAGACUUGUGUGGGAAAGUUCAAUUCAGGUCGAACUGAUGACAAAUCUGCUUGGUGUUACCAUAAAUUGACUGAAAAUGCCUUGCACCCAUUUGGUCGAGCAUCACUCUUGAUAACAGUGGGUUUUAAACUAAAACUUGUAUUCACAGGUUGAAAGCCAGUCACACUACGGGACACACACACACACACACACACACACACACACACACACACACACUGUUGCAUGCUCAACAAACAAACACAUCUGGGUUUUACAGGGUGGAUUUCAAGAUGUCUUGUAUUAUUUCCUGUGUCAAAGAAACCACAGAAAACAAAAUGUGUUUAUUUGAUUUAAGAUUAUCAGUUGAUUAUAAACUUGUAUUAAUGUUUACAUUUGUAUGACAUGUUGGAGUUUUUUGCAACGAGGUCCUCUGCUAAUCAUUGCUUAUUGACUGUUCUAAAUUGUCAUUUGUAAAUCUGUGUGUGCAAUAUAGAAGGCUGUAAACAUGAUCAUUAUUGACCAUGACGGCCUUUUAAAUAAAUGUUAUGGCAUACAGUUCUAUGUAUUUAAUGUAUCUUAGCAGCAUGUUGCUGUCGUGUUAUUGACUGCGUGAUUUGUCCAAGAUCAAUUAUGUAUUUACUGUGUUGCACAA